AUGGCCCGACAAUCUCCAUUCAUGUCGCCGGCUCAAUUUACCUAUCCAAGUAGUUAUCAGCAGCGUGAUGCACGCUAUGCUAAUAAUUCUACGGUUGAUACAGCCAUGGCAUUAAAUCGACGUCCAUCAUUACUUGCUAGUUAUCAUAAUCAUUUUGGUAGUCCAGAAAGAGCUGCAAUACCUUCAUAUUAUCCUUCGUUAGCACCUAUGUCAAUGGGACCACAUGUUGAUGAACAUGCAAAACGAUCACGUUAUCCAACGGGUGGUAAUCUAUCAGUUAAUUCACAGCUACUUCCACUGUCCAUAGAUGUUAAAAAGGAACAACAAGUAUAUCAACCCCAAACUGAAGCUAUAUCACCCACACCAGACGAUCCAAAAAAUGAUACAAAUAUGCGAGAUUCAACAAUUAUACGUAAUGCUAUAUCGAAACUCGAAUCUGAAAUUGAAAUUACUAUGAAAAAACUCGACCGAGCUAAACUUAGUCAAAGUGAAAUUAAAAGUCAAGCCGACAAAUCAGCUGCAGACGAAGAAGACAACGAGAAUGAAGAUGAUUUACUCAAAACAAAUGGUUCACAAACAUUAAUUGAGAAAAUUCUUCAUGACAACAGGAAAAAAGCUGAAGAUAGUCAAAAAAUGUUGAAUCAUUUAAAUAAUAAUAUCGACUUAACAAUUCCACUCUAUCAAGAGCCAAGUGAUCUUGCGUCAGUUCGACGAAUUCGAUCGCAUUAUGUAAAUAUAAUGAAAAAUCGUUUAAAAGAAUUUUUUAAAAAGAAAAAUGAUAUUUAUAAUAAUCGUAUUAAAGUUGAAAGCAAUAAAUAUGAUGGAGUUUAUCAAGAAUGGCAAAAAUCAAUUGAAAAUGAAGAAAAAAUCAUUUUAAAUAAAGAUUCAACAACAUACCGGGAAACAUUUGAAAAAACAUUUCCUGAAUUACGUAAAACACGUGAGGAUAAAGAGAAAAAACAGACGAACACAAAUGAUUCUUCAACAACUGAACAGCAAAUAACACUAAAUACAAAUACAGUCGAACAAGAUGCUGAACAUGAAGAAGAAAAAAUGCGUAAAUCAUCCGUUGUACCACCUAUUAUCUAUGAUAAAUGGCAACGUAAAUAUCAAUAUUUGAAUGAAAAUAGUUUAGUAAAACGUGAUCCAGCUGAAUUCUAUAAAGAAGUUACAAAAAUGCCGUAUUGGUCACCGGAAGAAAAGCAAAUUUUUAUUGAGAAAUUCACUCAAUCACCUAAAAAUUUUGGUUAUAUAUCAUCAUUUUUGGAAAAUAAAACAACAGAACAAUGUGUUCAAUUUUAUUAUAUGACAAAGAAAACAGAAAAUUAUAAGAAUUUAUUACGAAAACAAUCACAAGCUAAUCGACGAAAAGUUAGACAAAAUGCAACAACAACAACAGUUACAUCGUCAACAACUAUUGAAACAACUUUAGUUACGAAAGUGACUUCAUCAAAUGCUAUUCUUUCAUCCACAUCCCAGCAAGUACUUGGACAAACAGCAGAUGGUGAUCGUUCGGCAGAUCGAGCAGACAAUGAUGAAGAACGACGUGAAAUAAAUCUCGGUGAUGGAAAUGAAGAUAAACGUUCAAAUAAAAAUCGUUGUCAAUUAUUAUCUUGUACAACUGAAAAAUUAGGUAAAAAGAAAAAUCGUAAAAAUCGUUUACGUGCAUUUCCAAAUAAGUGGAAUGAAUUAACACAAGAAAACCAAGAAGCUAUUCGCCGUUCAUUACAAAUCCCUCAAAAUGUCCAACGAUGUUGUACACGUUGCUAUGACAAAUUAAUUAUUCAAGUUCGACAAAAUCAAACAACAGCGCAAUCAAUUGAAGAAGAAGAUGAUGAUGAUGAAGAAUCAUCUAAAAUUCGGUCAAAUAUAACUGAAGAACAAGAUUCUAAGCGUGAUGAUGAAUGGACAGAACAUGAAAUCAAUGCAUUUACAGAAGCAUAUCAGAAGUUUCCCAAUGAUUGGUUACAUAUAGCAGAAUAUAUUCGUCGUAGUGAACAAAGUUGCAGAGCAUUCUAUCAAAAGUAUCGUGAAAGAUUUGGUAUAGUCGAUGAUGAACAGAAUAUUGAGGAAGAUAAUGGAAGUAUAUCAGGUUCAGAAGAUACAUCUCGUCGAUUGAUUACUUCUGUAAAAUCAAGAGUAAAUGAACGAAUAGAUGAAGACAAUGACGAUGAUCCACAAAAAUCAAAUCUCAAUGACGACAGCAAUGAGUCGACUCGUGGUAUGAUCAUUGAUGAAAGUGAUGAGCGUGCAUCAAAUAUUGAAGAAAAAAAUCAAAAAAUUCAAUCAUCAUCUGCUUUAACAACAAUAACUUCUCUUGUUGAAAGAGAAAUUUCAAAAACAUUAAGUUCAGCAGAUAAACGUUUAUCAAAUAAUAGUAUUCCAUCGGAAAAAGUUUUAUUAACAUCACCAUUGACAACUAUUAAUUCGAAUGUUUCUACUCAAGCACUGCCACCAUCACUACCACCGCCACUUGUUACAUUACCUAAUUCGCAUUCACCAUCAAUUCCGUCUCAUCCAUUGCAUAACCAACAAACAUUUUCAAGCAAAGGUUCAAUCAUGCGUGGAACACCAAUAUCACCAUCAAACAAAUCAUUAUCGAUUGAUACAUCAACAGCUCAUUCUCAUAUGCAUGCACAAAACUAUCCAAGUCCAAGAAAUGAAUAUCCUCAUCAUCAAUCACCAUAUCUCGAUGUACCACAUAUGAAAUCUUCAAAAAUCAUGGACCAACAGCAACAUUUAUAUUUACAGCAGCAACAACAACAGCAACAACAGCAGCAGCAGCAACAACAACAGCAACAACAGCAGCAGCAACAGCAACAACAACAAAAUAAUUAUAUGCGCCAUUAUUCUCAUCAACAAGUAGCACAUAAUAAUUAUCCAACACCACCUUCAGCACAAUACUUACAACCACAUAAGUCAUCAGCACUUAUUAAUCAACAACAACAACAACAACAAUCAUCAACAAAUCUAAAUAAACCUAUCGGCAUUGAUACAUCAAAUACGGAUACCUAUGAAACCCUACGAGCUGAUUUUGUUACAUCAAGAUAUUUGACAACAGGACACUCACCUAAUCAUGAACGCCAAUCUCGGCAUCCAUCUGAACAACGUUCUCCAUCUCAGUCAGUAGCAGCAGUAAAUAAUCAACAAUUGCUUCCACCACCAGCUGCAAUAAUACCUUCACCAUCCAAUGCUUCGAUUUCAUCAUCAGCACAUUCACAACAAGCUGCAAUUUUAGCAGCAUCCCAACUUCUUGCUUCAUCUGGUGUACAUCCACAAGAGUUACUUGCUAGUGGUCUUUUAUCUUAUCCACAUUACUAUCGUUCGUUACCCGGUGCUUCUUUUUAUAUUGAUCCACAUCUAAUGCAUGACUUAACUACAGUUGCAAAUAGUGAACAAUUAAAAAACAUACGAACUAAUCGUCAUCUUUCUCAUGCAUCUGCACAUUCACCACCGGAUCUAUCAGCAUACUCAACUCAAUCAACUAAACGACAUUCACAUGAAAAUCUUGAACACAUGCGAUAUCCAACAGGCGAUUAUGCAACACCCAUAUGGCGCACACAAAAUAUAAAUAGUUCUCAACAACAACACCAACAACAGAUUCAUUCUCAAUUAAAAUCUAAUUCUGGAAUAAAUGAAGCUCCUUUUUCUAAGACGAAUGAUUUGCCACGAUCAGCAACACGCAUUACUUCUGCCACAGACAGAGAUACACGAUCUCCGGAAGACUUUCAACAUCGCAUUAAUCAAACGCGUACAGCUGCUGAGAAUCCGUCAGCUCCGUUUCAACGAAUUGAAACCCACGGUCAUCAUAAAUCUUCAUCUCAUGAAAAAUUAAAUCCUAGUUUACAUUUUUCUGAUCAGUCGACCGAUAGCAAUCCAUCGUCUUAUUUAAGACAGCCUAAUAUCCUGCAUAAACCUCAUGCAUCUCAUCAUCCUCAUCACACAUCUACUUCAACAAGCCGAUCAUCGUUAGUUCCAACGUCUCAAAUAUCUCCUCAUCAUGGAUCACCUUAUAUGUUUCAUAAUAUUCAUUCUUCUCCAGUAAAUACUUCAUCUUCACAACAAUUAUCGCCUCAUCAUCAUCAUCAUCAACAACAACAUUAUUCUCAACAACGAAGCUCUCAUCAUAACGAAUCUAUUCGAACUCCCAAAGAACCCAUAUCUAUUCAAGAAUUUAUGAAACAAAAUGUUAAUGAAUUUGUUGCAUUAACAAAUAACGAUAAUAAAACUCUAAAUAGUGAUUUAUCUAUAUCAGAAAAUUCUUCUAAUCAAUUAUCACGUUUAUUUCAACCAGCAACAAUAGUCUCAACUAAACAUGCCGAUAAUUCCGACCAACCAAUUUUACUCGACGGUGACGAUGAUUCUAAUUCAAACCGCGAACAAAACGAACCAAUAACAGACGGAAAUUCUAAAAGUCAUUUAAAUCCAGACUUAAAUAAAUCAACCAUGGAAAAUGAAAUGCUUGAAAGACGUCGUGACAGUUCAAUAAAGAAAAUUCUUUCAAAUCAACCUUUAGAAAAACAAGAAUAUGUUGAAAUCAACCAAAAAGUGCAAAAUAGUACUGUUAGUGCAUCCAAAGUUCAUUCAAAUACUGAUUUAAAUGGACUAGAACGAACAAAUAGUGCCGGUGGGCGAGAAUCUACCCGAUCACGAGGUUCGAUCACUAUGCGCAUGUUAAUGGGUGCCAAUGGCAUCUAUGCUGAUGGUAGAGCUCAACCAAUGACAGCGACUGAAAUUACGAAUGAACAACCGAAUAAACGUGCAGCAUCACCACCCGACAAAAGUCAAUCGUUAGAAUACUUAAUACGUGGUGAACUUGUUCGAGCAUGUCCAGCAUUACCGAAGAGUGAUGAAUUAUCAAUGAUAUUUCAAAAUCGUAAUUCAUCAAAUCGUUUAUCACCAACAACACAACAACGAAUACAAUCGAAUCCACAACAACUGCAACAACAACAACCAUCUAAACGAAUGAGAACAUCACCAAAAGACGAAUCAAUGUCCAAUAAUGAGGAACAUCUGGCAUUAAUUAGUCAAACAUCCGAUCCAUCAGCAAACGCACGAGAUCCAUUUGCUUUGCAAUCGCAUUCGAAAAAUUCUCAUCAUCAAACGAAUUUAUCAUCAUCUAAUAUUGACCGUAAUUGGCAAUCAUACGUUCAAUAUCAACAAUCGGUUACACCACGAUCAGCACGUUCAAACAUUACGAAUUCAGGCGGUUCUAUAACACAGGGUAGUCCAAUAUCACCACGAACACGUUCAUCAACUGAUCAACAACAAUAUCCAUCAACAGCAAACAAUCAACUUGUAAAUCCACGUUAUUCUUGCGUUAAUAAAAAUGAACAACAAUUUUCACCAUCAAGACAAUCAUCGACAUCUCCACUUGAUCAUUCACCAAAAGGAAAACUUGCUCGCAGAGCACAACAGGCACUAGUCUCUCCAUCCGAUCCUCAACAUGAAUCACUAUUAACAAUAAAUGUUGAUCAAUCAUCGAAUCACAGAAGCCCAAAUACGAAUCCAUUAUACACAAAUACUAGUAGCAGUACUCCAUCAAUAGUUACAUCGCCAAUAUCGUCUAUAUCACCCGCUUCAUCGAAUAGUGCACAUCCACUUAAAAAGCGUUUAAUUAGUGAAUAUGAGCUUGAACAACAACAACAACAGCACCAACAAAAUUCACCAAGAAUGGUAUCACCUGGCGUGUCAACAUUAACAUCAUCGCCAGUUCCAACAACGAAAUUUGAAACAAUAGACGAAGCAAACAGCAGUUCAACUUCAAAUGUUUCCGAGCAAAAUACUGAAGAAAUUUCUAAUACGGACACAAAUAAAAAUACACCAAUAGAUUCAACUGAAUCAUCGACAUAA